UUGUUAUUAAUGUAGCUCCGUUCCGGCAGAGUCAUGCAAGCAGCCUGGGGCCCACCUUCAAAUGACAGUCUUUGAUUAUGACGUACUCACAGACGACAUGGCGGGUCAAGUAUUUGCAACGCUAAAUUAUGUCCCAGGCCUCAACACUGAAAUCCCGGCCACCUUCUCUGGGAUCGAGCAAGUGUUAUUACCCAUAAUCCACCCGACACCUGAUGGGAAGCAUUUUGAUAGUAAGUACAAGAGAUGACCCUUACUGGACCUCUAUGAAGAACAGUUUAGGACAGAUAGAACUAUCCAGUAUAAAUAAAGUUAGUUUAGUUUAGGUUUCCUUCUGUAGUAACACUAGAUCAAUAAGAGAUGACCCUUACUGGACCUCUAGCCUCUAGGACUAGGAAGAACAGUUUAGAAAUGGUAGAGCUAUCAAGAAUGUACAUUUUUCUUGCAGUUUUAAAAGCAAGAAGCGAUGAAGCGGCGGUGAAAUUCGUGAAAGAAAGACAAGAACUAUAUAACAAGUUACUGCUUAUACGAGAUAAAAUUUCAAAGAGAGCUUUUAAUAAUUAAUAUCACGCUUAUACAUAAAACGCUUAGCCUUAGGCCUGUUUCAAACGCCGCGCUUCUCAUGUGAUAAUCAGCUGAACUGCCUCAUUAUCUAUUGUUUGAAAGAUCUGUCACGACAUGAAGACAAAAUAGAAAGUAGCGAUUGGAAAAUAUCGACAUAGUUGUGGACAACAAGGGUUGAGAAAAGUUCCUCCUAGGUAAUUCCAGAAGUAUUGAACUUUUUUAACCAUGUUUUAUCAACAACCGUGAAAGACGAGAGUUGAAGAAAGUAGAUGCAACCCUUGCUUGCGUUUGACUGGCAACUUUGAGCUGAUUUUAAUGACGGAGUUUUGGCCUCGCGCAUGCGGUAAUAUCCAGGCAACUCUCAUCAACAUGCAACUCUUGUUCUCAUUUGACCGGGGUGUGAGGGUUGAGAAAACUCUUAUGCAAACUCUUGCUUGACAACUCUCAUCAACUCUCAUUCAUUCAUACAUUCAUACUUUAUUUGAUAAUGCAGGUUAAUUACAUAUGUCAACUAAAAGCUGAUGUGGACCUGCAUUCUCGUUUGCUAUACAGCUCCUCAAUAUUUCAACGAGCCACAUUUUGUACCUAAAAUAUUUGUAAUAAGGAUAGAUAAUAGAACUAGAAUUACAAACUGUGAGUGAAAUGCUGUGAGUGAAAUGCUGUGAGUGA